GUUCUUCAGAAAUAAAAACAUUGGCUUCAUCUUCAGACAGUUGCCUUCGGGUGAUGCGUUGUCUUUUUACUGCUGAAUACUGUAUAUUACUAAAUCUGUUCACGGGGCGGAAGAGGGACUUCGACGCACACUUCUAGCGUCCAGUGGCAGCACCACGACCAUGGUGACGUGCUGUGCCUGCUCACGGAAAGCGAAGAAGGCGGCAUCGGCGCAGAAGGCCCAGCAACCCGCACCUGCUUCGCCCACGACAGAGGACGGCGGGUAUGACAGUUGGGCGGAGGAGGAUCCAAACAGCGCAACGGAUUCCGAACAGCGUCCAACGGAGCCGCGAUUGACAGAGCUGCAAGAUGCAGCAACUUCCGCCACCGGCAGUCCGAAGAAGAGGAGAAAAUUGGAGGGAAAUUAUAAGAGUACCAGCCCGGCGCCGGCGCUGCACGAUGCUGCGAAAAUCGCUGCCAAGGAGGACGAGGCGGAGGUGGCUCGGAUAGAUCAUCUCUUGUCCUAUCUCCGCUUGCCCGAGGCUCAUGCGCGCAUAGCGAAAUUCCUUGCCGUCGAAGACCCAGCAAACGACAAUAAAGAGCCGCCAGAAAAUCCCAGAGCACCGAAUGAGGAGUGUGGAGUCGCAGAGACGCCGGAAGUCGUGGUAGGGAUGAAGCCAGCGGAAAACCACGCUACAAGUAGCACUGAAAAAGAGCAGCCAGGAGAGGCCAACGUUGCAGGAAAAAAAUCUUCCGAGCAGGUGCAGGACCAACCCGAUGGGGAAAGCCUGGCUUCAAAACCUGUCUCGGAGAAAGGAGCAAGAGGUCCUCGUCGCCAAGCGCGAAAACGGUUGCUGCAGAAACGAAUCGGGGGUGCGCGGCUCAAAUCCUUGCCGUUUGGCAUUCAAAAGCUGCAGCAGUGUAUUUCGCUGAUUUUCGACGAAGACACCGCCGCAGACCACCUCGCCUUUGUGUACGAAUACGAAGGAAUCGUUUUCGACUUGCGCCUGAAAAUCUUCCCAGACGGGUUCAUGAAGGUACAAUACCUGAUACGAGCACUUAUUUUCACAGAAAUCGUGUGUGAAUUCGGCGCAGAGAGUGGUCUCAAAAACCGAAUUACUUUCAAUGACAGUAUUCGACUCUGGACUCGAUUGCCAGUCAGUGGUGAACAGAAACACUGAUAGAUAGAUCGCAUAUUUGAAUUUAUCCCAGAUCUUCGUUGAUUGUGGUGUGGUGCCUCUCGAUUUGUGGAAGGUCGCGACAUUUAUGGCGGAAAUCGAGUUGUUGUCUUCGUGGGCCCCGCUUUUGAAGCAUUCCGAGAUUUUGAAGGAAUUUCAAGGUUACGCAGACCUGCUCUGGAAGAGCAAGUGCAAAAUGCCGAUACCCUUUCACCCAGGCUUCGAAUGCUUCCACCAGCGGUUCUGUUACGAUAUGCUGACCAAGGAAGGGCUAGACGAGGACCCAGAGAAGUCACCUGCUGCCGGCCCAGCUGCGUCCGCGACAAAGAGAGCUACAACGUCAGGCGCGCGCUUGCCCGACGGCAUGAAGGGUUUGUUGAUCGCCGAGUUUUCCCCGGACCAGCUAAGCUGGCGUGGGUACGAAAUUCCCGAACCGCCGAAAAAGGGACCAACUAGGGUACUUACUACUUAAAAACCGAAAGAAAAUUCUAUGUGGCACAGCGAGAACUAUGAUUAAACAGUUUUGGUCUUUCUUGAAGCCUCCCACCCUUGCAGGUUGAGAUGAAGGAGUGAAGCAUCAGUCCUUGUUUUGCUUUAAAAGUCGCAAGAUACACGUAGAGGCAGAAAACGUACAACGCAUGUUUGCGUCAUAAAGUAAAACCGUGGAGAAGAGGAGUACGUAGUGCGCCUGGGCACUGCAGAGUUACAUUUUCUUCGCCCGGCACAGAAGGAGCAAAUGAGUGCUGGAUAAACUAAGAAAGUCUGCAGAUUCCUUUCCACAACUACAUGAGGUGAUGGCUCGUAUGCUUGCGUACCUGGCCUAUCCAGUGAAGCUGCAGGGCUCCGAUGGGGAGGUCGAAGGAUUUUUGGUGAAGGCGGGUCUCGAGGCCGAUUUCCAGUUGCCGCGUUGGAUGAUCCCAAACGGGUUGAUUCGGUCCACGCUGCGCAUGGUGGUGCGCACGAUGAUAGGGAAGUUGAUGACCAUGACAAAAAAUUGGGACGACGGGCCCUAUCCCGAACAGCAAAAAAUCCGGCAGGUACUAUGAAUCGUUUGAUGUAAGUUGUAAGUUUUUACGAACCACGCGGAGAAACUCAGCCUGCCAGUACUACCUGCUGUGAAUCUUUGAUAAGAGCCAGGUCGUGCUUUUGUCGUAUGUUGACAUCAUAGGACCAAGACGCGAAGUUUUUGUCUGGAUUGCGAAAAUAUGAACCUGGCAACAAUUGUUUUUUGUGAGCCCAAGUGAAAAUGAUAUAGCAUGAUGCACAUCCACCACUGUUUUUCAGGAACUUUACAAUGUGGUGCGCGACCGCAUUAGGGAACACACGGUGGCCAUUUCUGUACCCGACAAGAAGCUGCUGGAAAUCAGCCGCGAACUUACCUCGGAAAACCGGAAAAAGUCCGAGGCGCGCUUGGGGAAAGACCUCCCGCGGGCAGAGGACGAAGAAGGAGUAAAGAUGCAGCCAGGCGAGGCGCGAGCCUCGCGAACUUCUUCUGCGGGCGAUCAUCCAGCACGAAAAUAUUCCACGAGCUCAAGUGCGAAAACAAGUACUAGUACAAACCAGCCAGGGCCCUCCGGUACUAUCGCUCCAGCGCAGUCCAGCGACGUGGUGAUUGACGUACAGGCUGGCGGUGAAGGUGAAUUUUCACCAGGGAACAAGAACGAUACUGACGACCCGCAGAAAUUUUGGCGACCCACAACGAAAUUAGGCGAAGAUCGAACCUCUGAGGCUGUCGAGAAAAGCCCCGAUACGGAAGUGCCCAGGGAGUUCGGGUCGAGAGAGGAGCGGGAUUUUGGCAAACCGCUUGGGUACGUGUGAGCACCGGCACGUGUCAUUUCAUUCGCGGACAAAGACAGCGCGUUCGUAGCGCCACCGAUGUCUUGCCUCUUGUUUUCGCGGAAGUACAACAAGUAGCUACUUGAUCCGUGAAAGUGAAAAGCAAACGUACAAGCACCUGCAAAACCUCUUGCUUGUCUACUUACACUUGUUCGAGGGCACAUCGGGAAUGGGGACAAAUAACGUGAGCGGCGAGGCAAAGGCACUCAAUAUUUGCCCCCGUUCCCGUUGUGUCAGCAGAAUGUAUGAUUUCAAUGUCCUGUGUUGUCUCAUCUCAUCUUCGGAAGUACUUUUCUUGCGAGCGGCUCAUCUCGCUGGACAUCGGAAAAG